GUUAGGACACACCCUCUGCGCUGGUGAUUGGUCGGUUGUUUUUGGUGUCCCGCACUCAUUUGAAGUCCUCUCUUAGUUGAAUGGUUGGGCCUCACGUCAUUUAAGAGUGAUUAGUCCCGCCCUGUGGAUCAUUCCGCUUUUCCUCGGUGUGAGAGCGACGUGUUUGUUUGUUUUUUUAUCAUGGCGAGGGGAGCAGAGGGAGUCUGGACGUGGCACCUGUAGGACACUUCAUCAUUCCAGUGCAACAAAUAAAGUGACUAAUAAACUGUAAAGUGAGUUUGGAAAUGUGUCCGGACGGGAAGCUGACUUUUUCCUGAUAAAAACAAUCACCAGAAGCGGAGUAAAGAGCUUGACAUGUCUCUUCUGUGUGUCAGAGUAAAGAAGGCCAGACUCCAGGGGCCUCCAGACAAAUUCAACGCCUACGUGACCCUGAAGGUGCAGAAUGUCAAGAGUACGACCGUCACGGUGCGGGGAGACCAGCCGUGCUGGGAGCAGGACUUCAUGUUUGAGAUCAACCGCCUGGACCUGGGGCUCAUCGUGGAGGUUUGGAACAAAGGCCUCAUCUGGGACACCAUGCUGGGGACGGCGUGGAUCCCUCUCAAAAGCAUCUGCCACUCAGAAGAGGAAGGUCCCGGAGAAUGGACGUUUCUCCACUCGGAGGUUUUGAUGAAGGCAGAUGAAAUCUACGGCACCAAGAACCCGACGCCCCACCGGGUUCUCCUGGACACCCGCUUCGAGCUUCCCUUCGAAAUCCCAGAGGAUGAGGCUCGGUAUUGGUCCAGUAAACUGGAGAGCAUCAAUGCCAUGGGGAUGCACGAUGAGUUCCCACUGCAGGACGAUGGAGUAAGACGUCCUCUUCCCUUAGCGGCCUCUCAAUGCUUCUGUUAUAUCAACCUCACAGCAUUGGAUGAUCUGGACAGUGCGAUGGACGAUCGGGACAGUGACUACAGGAGCGAAACGAGCAACAGUCUACCCCCGCGCUACCACACUACGGCUCAGCCCAACUCCUCCGUACACCAGUACCCAGUGGGACCACGUUUUCAGCAACACCCCGACUCCUGCACGCACUCUGUGCAUAGUUUUGAACUGGACUAUAGAGACAAUCAUCCAAGCAGUCCUGUCGGCAGUAGUCGUUUUGGAUCUUCAGGAAACCUCAGUCAAGUCAGUUCUCCACUAAGUGAGAUGGGCCAGGAGAGUGUUACGGGUUCAGAGCUAAAGGAGACCUACCACUCCUUCCACAGUACAGGAUAUCGCAUACCUGCAAACGGACACCACCCAGCCAAUGGACAUGCCUCCUGGGGAGAGAAUGAGGGGUUGAAAUCUUCUCAAGAGAAGGGAAGGAGUGAAAGCAGCACUUUAAAGAAAGACAAUGUUCCCCAAGUGGAAGAGAGGCCGGAAAUAUCUCAAAAAAGUUUCCAGGAUGAUGGAUCUGCUUUGUCUGUCUCUACUUCUCGUGUGCACUGGAUAAAAGCCUUCAACAAAGUGAGACUUCAGCUUCAGGAGGUCCGGGAGAACGAGGACAAUUCCAGACAUGACUGGGUCAAAGAAGGGAGUGGGAGUGGCCUGUUUGGGAUUGAUAGCAUGCCAGACUUGCGGAAGAGGAAACCAAUCCCUCUCGUUAGCGAUGUGGCUCUGGUCCAGGCCAGAAAAGCAGGCAUCGCAUCCGCCAUGGCUUCCCGAGCCUCCGUUAAAGACGAGGAGCUGAAGAACCACGUGUAUAAGAAAACGCUGCAGGCUCUCAUCUACCCGAUCUCCUGCACUACGCCGCAUAACUUCGACGUUUGGACGGCGACGACUCCGACGUACUGCUACGAGUGCGAAGGACUGCUGUGGGGUAUCGCACGCCAGGGCAUGAGAUGCACCGAGUGUGGGGUCAAAUGUCACGAGAAGUGUCAGGAGCUCCUCAACGCAGACUGCCUGCAGCGCGCGGCGGAGAAAAGUUCAAAGCACGGUGCUGAGGAUCGCACGCAGAACAUCAUCAUGGCCAUGAAGGACCGCAUGAAGAUCAGAGAGCGGAACAAACCCGAGAUCUUCGAGCUCAUCAGGGAUGUGUUCAUGAUCAGCAAAACGGUGCACUCGCAGCAGAUGAAGACCAUCAAACAGAGCGUUCUGGACGGGACGUCCAAGUGGUCGGCUAAGAUCACCAUAACCGUGAUGUGUGCACAGGGCCUGCAGGCCAAAGACAAGACGGGCUCCAGCGACCCUUACGUGACCGUCCAAGUUGGAAAGACGAAGAAGCGCACCAAGACCAUCUACGGCAACUUGAACCCGGUGUGGGAGGAGAAGUUUCACUUCGAGUGCCACAACUCGUCGGACCGCAUUAAGGUGCGCGUGUGGGACGAAGACGACGACAUCAAGUCCCGUGUGAAGCAGAGGCUGAAGAGGGAGUCUGACGACUUUCUGGGACAGAGCAUCAUCGAGGUGCGAACACUCAGCGGUGAGAUGGACGUCUGGUACAACCUGGAGAAAAGGACUGAUAAGUCCGCGGUGUCUGGCGCUAUCCGUCUUCACAUCAGUGUGGAAAUUAAAGGAGAAGAGAAGGUGGCUCCGUACCACGUGCAGUACACCUGUCUACACGAGAACCUGUUCCACCACACCACAGACGUGCUCGGUCAGGGGGCGGUGAAGAUCCCGGACGCUCGUGGCGAUGAUGCCUGGAAGGUCUAUUUCGACGAUGUGGCCCAGGAAAUAGUGGACGAGUUCGCCAUGCGUUACGGGAUCGAGUCCAUCUACCAGGCCAUGACGCACUUUGCGUGUCUCUCGUCUAAGUACAUGUGUCCCGGUGUUCCUGCUGUGAUGAGCACGCUGCUAGCCAAUAUUAAUGCCUUCUACGCUCACACCACUGCCUCCACCAACGUCUCCGCCUCCGACCGCUUCUCCGCCUCCAACUUCGGGAAAGAAAGGUUCGUCAAGCUCUUGGACCAGCUGCACAAUUCCUUACGCAUCGAUCUCUCCAUGUACCGCAAUAACUUCCCUGCUAGCAGUAAAGAGCGUCUGCAGGACCUGAAGUCCACUGUGGAUCUGCUCACCAGCAUCACUUUCUUCAGGAUGAAGGUGCAGGAACUGCAGAGCCCUCCGAGAGCCAGCCAGGUGGUGCGAGACUGUGUGAAAGCCUGCCUCAACUCCACCUACGACUACAUCUUUAACAACUGCCAAGAGCUCUACAGCCGCCAGUACCAACCAAAUAAAGACGAAUAUCCUCUAGAAGAACCGGGUCCAUGCAUCAAGAAUCUGGACUUCUGGCCCAAACUCAUCACGCUGAUAGUUUCCAUUAUAGAAGAGGAUCGCAACUCGUACACACCUGUCCUCAACCAGUUUCCUCAAGAGCUCAACGUAGGGAAGGUGUGUGCCGAGGUGAUGUGGGUUCAGUUCUCCCAGGAUAUGAAGUACGCCACGGAGGAGCACGAGAAGCAUCGUCUGUGUAAGAGUGCUGACUACAUGAACCUGCACUUUAAGGUGAAGUGGCUCUAUAACGAGUACGUCAAGGAUCUGCCUGCCUUCAAAGGAGUCGUUCCCGAGUACCCCAUGUGGUUCAUGCAGUUCGUGCUGCAGUGGUUGGACGAGAACGAGGACGUGUCCAUGGAGUUCAUGCACGGCGCCCUCGAGAGGGACAAGAAGGACGGCUUCCAACAGACAUCUGAGCACGCCCUGUUCUCCUGCUCCGUGGUGGACGUGUUCACGCAACUCAACCAGAGCUUUGAGAUUAUUAAGAAGCUGGAGUGCCCCGACCCCAAGGUCAUGGCCCUGUACAGUCGACGCUUCGCCCGGACCAUUGCCAAGGUCCUGCUGCAGUACAGUGCCAUUCUGAAGAAGAGUUUCCCGUCCUACUGCGACAAGGAGAAGAUUCCCUGCGUCCUGAUGAACAACGUGCAGCAGCUGCGAGUUCAGCUCGAGAAGAUGUUCGAGUCGAUGGGAGCCAAACAGAUGGACACCGAAGCCAGCGACACCCUCAAUGAGCUGCAGGUGAAGCUGAACAACGUGCUGGAUGAGUUGAGCUCCACGUUUUCAAACACUUUUCAGAGUCGUAUUGACGAGUGCACACGGCAGAUGGCGAGUCUGCUGUACCAGAUUAAAGGGCCGGCGAACGCCAACAGCCGAAACCAAGUGGAGGUCGAUUCUGACAACAUGCUCCGCCCCCUCAUGGAUUUCCUGGACGGAAAUCUGAUACUGUUUGCGUCGGUGUGCGAGAAGACCGUUCUGAAGCGGGUUCUGAAGGAGUUGUGGAGACUCGUUAUGAACAGUUUGGAGAAGACCAUCGUCCUGCCUCAAGGCAACGACAGCAUCGGCAACAUAUUUUCCGCUGCCAAAGAUCUCGGCCAGCUCUCCAAGCUCAAGGAUCACAUGUCUGGGGAAGCCAAAAGCCUCACGCCUAAGCAGUGUGCGGUCAUGGACGUGGCCCUGGACACCAUAAAGCAAUACUUUCACGCUGGAGGAAACGGGUUAAAGAAGGCUUUCCUGGAGAAGAGCGCCGAGCUCUCGUCUCUCCGUCACGCCCUCUCCCUUUACACCCAGACCACCGACACGCUCAUCAAGACCUUCGUCACCACACAGCACGCCCAGGUGCAUGGUGGGAAUGGGAUGAGGAUUACGUCUAGUGAGAAAGUCCAGCCAUCCAAGGGCUCAGGUGUGGAUAAGCCAGUAGGAGAGGUGUCCAUACAGAUCGAUCUGUUCACUCAUCCAGGCACAGGAGAGCACAAGGUCACGGUUAAAGUGGUGGCGGCGAACGAUCUGAGGUGGCAGACGUCCGGAAUGUUCCGUCCCUUCGUGGAAGUGACGAUGAUCGGGCCGCACCUCGGCGACAAGAAACGCAAAUUCGCCACCAAAUCCAAGAACAACAGCUGGGCGCCGAAAUUCAACGAGACCUUCCACUUCAUCCUGGGGAACGAGGACGGUCCGGAGUGUUACGAGCUGCAGGUGUGCGUGAAGGACUACUGUUUCGGCCGAGCGGACCGCGUGGUGGGCGUGGCCGUCAUCCAGCUGCGGGAGGUGGCUCAGCGAGCGAGCUGCGCCUGCUGGUGUCCGCUGGGCUCGCAGGUGCACAUGGACGACACGGGGCUGACCGUGCUGCGCAUCCUGUCCCAGCGCUCAGGAGACGAGGUGGCCAGAGAGUUCGUCAAGCUGAAAUCCGAAACCCGUUCUGCCGAGGAGGGGAGAUGAGAACUUCAUCUCGGGGACGGAAUGAAGGACGACAGGACGGACCGUGGACGCUAAUGCUUUUUUGUUAGUGUUUGAAGGAUUCACGGGUGAGGAGUUUCUCCAGUCCGGUUUCCUGUGUUAUGGAUGUGGAGGAUUGAGGAGAAGUUCACAAGAACGUCCUGUACUUUCGUUCGUCCACUCCGAUGACUUUUUUUAAAAAUGUUUUUCUUUAAUAUAAUAUCUCUCUCUCUCUCUCUCUCUCUCUCUCUCUCUCUCUCUCUCUCUCUCUCUCUCUCUCUAUACCAACCACAAGUGAUAUUUUGUCUCAGUAACCCUUUUACUUUCUCAGUGUUUUGGCCUUUGCCUACUGUGUGUGUGUGUGUUUGUUUGAGAGAGAGAGACAGGGACAGAUAGAGAGGGAGACAGAGAUGGAUACAGGAAGACAGAGAGGGAGACAGACAGACAGAGAGGGAGACAGAGACAGACAGACAGAGAGGGAGACAGGGAGACAGACAGAGAGGGAGACAGACAGACAGAGAGGGAGAUGGGGAGACAGACAGAGAGGGGGACAGACAGAGAGGGAGACAGAGUCGGAUACAGGGAGACGGAGACAGAGAGGGAGACGGAUACAGGGAGACACAGACAGAGAGGGAGACAGACAGAGAGGGAGACGGAUAGAGGGAGACGGACAGAGAGGGAGACAGGGAGACGACAGAGAGGGAGACAGGGAGACAGACAUACAGAGAGGGAGACAGACAGACAGAGAGGGAGACAGAGACGGAUACAGGGAGACAGAGACAGAGAGGGAGACAGACAGAGACACGGACAGAGAGGUAGACAGACAGAGACAGAGAGGGAGACAGACACGGACAGAGAGGGAGACAGACACGGACAGAGAGGGAGACAGACAGAGACAGAGAGGGAGACAGACACGGACAGAGAGGGAGACAGACAGACAGGCCUCAAACAGUCCAAUGCACAGGGUCCCUAUUUGUAUCGUGCACUUUUUCACUACCCGCCAUUUGACCGCGUCUAUAUACAUGCCUUAUUUUGUGGAAUGUGUCAAAUCUGAGUGAAAAUUCUGACUGUAGUUUUUAUUUUUUCUUCACCGCUAUUCAGUGUAAGCAUUUUACGACGUGUUCCUCUCCGAAUAACGCGGCACACGAACCCGAACCCGACGGAUGGGUCCGAUCGCUAACCGUGUGCCUUCUGAACCACGUACAGGCGGUGUUCUUCAGACGACAGAUGACCUUUCUGCUUUCAGUCUCGCGUCCGCACCAGAUCGUGCGGAGGAGUGAAUUAAAGGAGCCUGUCAUACAAAUUCCAUAUUAAAAUACCACCAGGUGUGAGCAGAUAGUACAGUUUUAUAUUUCUAUUCCGAUCACUUAAAGGGGCAGCGUGUCAUUUUUAGAGCCCCUAAGUUAACACUGUACUGUGUGAAACCGAAUGGCUUUUCUACAUCUCUGAACACUUUGAAACAUUACAGACUGCACCUUUAACCUGUUCCACAGUUAUUAUGAGAACCGUUCUCUAUUAGACGAGCGCAAGGUGUUUGAUACGUUUGUUUUCGGUGAGACAUUGUGUUUGUAAAUAAAAUGUGUCGGUUAAAAAAAAAAAAGAAAAAAAAAGAAA